AUGCUAGAAUCUGGAAACGACCCCACCACCUUGAAGUUCAAUAUUCUUGAUGCACUUCAUAACAUUGCUUAUUCGUGGAACAAGGUACAGCCAGAAACUAUAGCUAACUGUUUCAAAAAAGCUGGAUUCUUUUCUUCUGGAGUGACUGCUGUUGAAGAGUUAUCCAGUAAUGAUCAACUUGAUGAAGAAGUGGCAAAACUGCAAGCUGGUGUGUCAUUUAUUGACUUUGUAGAAGUAAACAGUGAUGAUGUAACAACAGAAAUUGAAGACUUAAAUGACAUCGUCAACAACCAUCUGACAGAAAAUGCUUCUGUUGACUGUCAAGACAGCGAAGAAGACGAAGAUGGUAAAAAACCUAUUCCAACGCAGGCAGAAGCAACUCAGGCGGUGUGUACCUUAAAAAAAUUUGUGUCUAGUUUCAAUAAUGCUGAAGACCUUAUUCCGACCCUGCACAAACUUGAGGUGGACAUUGAGCACUUGUGCAGACUCCAUUCAAAACAAUCGCACAUUUCAGACUUCUUCAAGAAGCUUUAA